ACCCGGGCCCCGCCCCCGGGAGUGAACUUCCGGCGCAGCGGAAUUCCGGGUGAGGUGCUGAUUGCCGGCUGACCAUCCGUCUUGUAGUGGAGGGGGCCCCAUGAGCGCGGCGCCCCUGGUGGGCUACAGCAGCAGCGGCUCCGAGGAUGAGGCUGAGGCCGGGAUCCUGGCCCGGCAAGGGGCUGGAGGCAGCAAUGGUGGCCAGAGCCCUGUUCCCAGCCAGAGGCUGCCAGUACCCGACAGUGUGCUGCUCAUGUUCCCAGGCACCGAGGAGGGGCCGGCGGAUGACAGUGCAAAACAUGGGGGCCGGGUGCGCACUUUUCCCCAUGAGCGGGGCAACUGGGCCACCCACGUCUACCUACCGUAUGAAGCUGGGGAGGAGUUCUUGGACCUGCUUGAUGUGUUGCUGCCACGCGCCCAGACCUACGUCCCCCGGUUGGUAAGGAUGGAGGCGUUCCACCUCAGUCUGUCCCAGAGCGUGGUUCUGCGCCAUCACUGGAUCCUCCCCUUCGUGCAGGCUCUGAAAGACCGUGUGGCCUCCUUCCAGAGAUUCUGCUUUACUGCUGACCGGGUAAAGAUUUACACCAAUCAAGAGAAAACCAGGACCUUUGUCGGGCUCGAGGUCACCUCAGGGCACGCCCAGUUCCUGGACCUGGUUUCAGAGGUAGACAGGGUCUUGAAGGAGUUUGACCUCACCACUUUCUACCAGGACCCCUCAUUCCACAUCAGUCUGGCCUGGUGUGUGGGUGAUGCACGUCUCCAGCUGGAAGGGCAGUGCCUGCAGGAACUACAGGAAAUUGUGGAUGAGUUUGAAGACUCUGAGAUGUUCCUGCGCGCGUGUGCCGAGCAGAUCCGCUGCAAGUCGGGGAACAAAUUCUUCUCGAUGCUUUUGAACCAGGUGCCUGGGGAGACUUGAGCAGAUGUUUCAUCUUGGCCUGGCUGGUGGCUUUAAGCCAGGCCUCCGAUGCUCUGUGACCUCUGGCUUCUCAUCAGCUUCCCAAAGAGGCAGAGAGGCGCCUUCCCGAGGCUGAGUUCUCUUUCUGCUGCCUCAGCGGCCUGCUGUGACCUGCGGGCGUUCCAGGGGGACAGAGGAAGGGCCAGGGUUGCAUGGGAUUUUUGUUCUUCUUCAAGCCCUCACCAGAGCAAAGGCCCAGUCCUCUCCAGUUGCCAUCUGGACUUACAGCAAUGAAGGAAGAAAUUUUUUUUAUGUUUUAGUUUUAUAUUAUGUUCAACAAAUACAAAUUGCAGUUUUUAUUUUGGA